AUGGCUACCAAUCAACAAUUGAGUACUAUUGAAUAUCUUGCUACUUAUCAAUUUUGUACUGUCAAUGAACUUUUUACAAUUCUUUCAUAUGCACCACAACUUCGUCGUCUAAAACUUGGUAAUAGUGUUGACAUCGAUACAAAUAUUCACAUUAUAUUACCAAUCACAUUAUUACAUUUAACAGAUAUUUCACUACUUAUGAGUGAUGUAAAAUUUGAUAAAUUUGAAAUACUCAUCAGAAAAAUAGAUGCUAAAUGA